CCCCGGCCACGGCGAGAAGGGCGCGAGCCCCAUGGAGGCGGUGCUCCGCGCGUGGGGUGCAAACAGCUACGGACAACUUGGCCUUGGUCAUAAAGAGGAUGUGCUGGUACCUCAGACACUGAAAGAUGUUUCCUGCAAAUGUCAAGACAUCAGGAGCAUCACUGGAGGAGGAGGACAUUCUGCAGUUAUCACUGGUGCUGGAGAACUCUUUGUAUGUGGCCAUAACAAAGAGGGGCAGUUGGGAUUGAAUCACACAGAAAAUGUGCUCUGUUUUACACUGUGCGCUGCCCUGUCUGGCUUCUGUGUGCAAGAAGUGGCCUGUGGCUGGGACUUUACAAUCAUACUAGGAGGAGCUGGCCUUGUUCUGUCCUGUGGGUCUAAUGCUUUUGGGCAACUAGGAGUUCCCCAAAUUUCAGGCCCGUGCUUGAUUCCACAAAAGGUCGAGUCCCUCAAAGAGAAAGUAGUGGGUAUUGCUGCAGGACUGAGACAUGCCCUUGCUGCUACAGAGAGUGGUUUGGUGUUUCAGUGGGGAACUGGCAUGGCAUCUCGGGCAAAGCGUGCGCACCAGGGGAAAAGCCUCCCUCUGUUCUGGACUGCAAAGGAACCCUGUGAAAUAAAAGGCCUGGAAGCUGUGAAGGCGAAGAGAGUUGCCGCAGGCUCCUACCAUUGUGUGUCUCUUACAGGUGAAGGACUCCUCUAUGUCUGGGGUAGCAACAAACAUGGGCAGCUGGUGAGCAAAGAGAUAUUUCUUGUUGAGCCCAAGAAGAUCGACGCUCAGUUUUUCUCACAUGAAAAGAUUGGAGCAGUUUGGAGUGGUUGGACUCACUUGGUGGCACAGACAGAAACUGGGAAGGUAUUCACCUGGGGCAGAGCAGACUACGGACAGCUUGGAAGACAUGCAGUGGUUCCUGAUGGGCAGGAGACGUGCACAGCAUGUGAACAAUCUGUGAAGCUGUUUUGUAACAUUCCUAUUUCCUUGCCUUGCCUAAAUGGAGCAUCUCAGAUCGCGUGUGGCUCUGAGCAUAAUCUGGCAGUAGUUGGUGGCUGUUGCUUCUCUUGGGGAUGGAACGAACAUGGGAUGUGUGGUGACGGCACAGAAGCAAACAUUCAUGUGCCAAAGCCAGUGAAAGCUCUUGGUUAUGCAGAACAGAUCUUAAUUGGAUGUGGGGCAGGACACUCCUUGGCUCUUUGUCAAAACUCCACGUUAGACUCAGGACACCAGAAAUCUUAGCAACAUGGAUGUGGAUGGACGUCGUUGGGUUGCGUAGCUCAGAAGUUCUUCAAGAAGAUUGCCUGAGAUUAACAUGGCAGCUGGAAAGUGCGGAAGUUUGUUCCCAAACUAUAAGAAAUGAGCGUGCUUAGAACAGUAUGGGAAAAAUAAAAAUCAAACAGUUAUUUUAAAAAAUUAUGUCAUGGGUUCUUUGUACAGGAACUAACUUUCUUACCCACAGGUAGAAUGACGUUUUGCCUUGAUGCAAUAUUGAAGAAUGAAUGACUCUUUCUUGUCUUUUUAAGAAGUCUUUGAGGAGGAAACUGCCUGUCUAAUCACUUAUCAUUAGUGUAAAAAUUCAGUCUAAUGUAAAAAAAAAAAGAUUGAGGAAACAGUGUGAGAAGGUGGAAACAUGGGGCCAGCUCUGGUCUUUUAUUAAUGUAUCUGCAUGUCACGAUGAGCAUGUGUUGCACCUGCCAGCUUUUAUUGAAGUUUUGAUCUCCCAGCAUCUUAAGAAAUCCAGUUGAAAAGAGAAAUGCCAGUGAACAUAAAUAGAGGCAUAUGCACAUUUUAAACACAAGAUCAGGAUUUUGAGAAAGUAGAUACGAUUUAGAAGACUGGCAAAAGGAGAAAAUGAGGCCCUUCUGAAAUAAGCUACGUGUUGAUUAAACUGAGAGGAACAGCGUUUCUGAGGAAUUAUCUUCUGUGCCAGACAUCCAUUCAAUAUAUAUCCACAGGGCUGCAGAUCCACACAAAUUAUUAUUAACUUGAAAAUUAAACCUAAAGUUCUUGAAGCUACUGAUAGGAAAGAGAAUCUUCUGAGAGCCCUUGGAAACAACAGAAGAGGUCUUGUCAAAGAGCGUAAGUCAGUUGUAGCUGCUGAGGACAGUUUGAUCCAACAUAGCUGACGUAUUUGUAGCUGCAGUCGAAUAGGAAGGCUUCCAGAUAUAAACAGAAACUUUUUACAAGUUCUCUAGCUUAAAAGGCAGACCAGAAUGCUCCUGGUAGUGUCAGCUUUCGCAUCAGCUUGGCAGUCCAUCUGAGGUUCUGAUCAGUGUGCCCACAAUACUAGCCCCAGGUGAGUGCUGGGUAGAGAAACAUAUGCCUUACACUGAUUGUGGUGGGAGAAAAGUGUAAGUUGUCUUCAGGUACUAUUAACUGCCUAUGGUGAGCAGAAUUUUGGAAGCUAUUUAUAGAACUCUUUCACACAAAUGCAGUGGAUGCCAUUAAACUAGAUGUUUACCACCCACGAUAGUUAAAUUUGCUGUGAUAUUUGAUGUAUGUCAAGUUCUAAAUAUAGGGAGUACUACUGUGUGGUAAACACACCUUUUAAUGAGAACUACUGUUACUAAACAGUGGUUUAAUUUUUAAAUGAGGGUUUGCCAGGGAGGAGGCUUUAUAGAAUUGCAAAAUACUAAGAGAAGGGCUGUUAGAAAAUAGGAUGGCAAAACUGUAUUGACCUGUCAGCUAACUCACAAGGGGGAGGGAGGUAUAUGGGCUCUGAGGUUUUUUCUCCUUGCUCUUUCAGUGGUUACAGUUCAUGGCCUCAUUUUCAGAUGUUUUGUCUUUCUGUUCAGUGGAGAAGAAAUCUGUAGUAAGAAGCUGGUUAUAACUGCAUUGCAGAUACUGAAGGAAACUGUUAGAAUAACAGAAUGGGACCAACUGCAAAAAGUGCAAAAUUGAAUCUUCCACUGUAUGCAAGAUUUAAUCUUCCAUUUUCUCAUCUCUGUCGGUUGUGGUUCUUCACAGUAAUACCCUGUUCUAGACUGCUACUUCAGACACUUUUUACUUCUCUGACCAGGCUGCUAUUUAUUGACUCCUCAGUACUAUUUUCUGCCUAAAACAACCUCUCUGAUACAUGCAUUGAACAGUUGCUCAUGCUUUUUAGGCAGUUUCAUCUGGAGUUCCUUCUUUCAUUUUCCUCAUAUCUGUGCACUGAAUAAACAUUAUCUUGUUUCAGUGGGAAGUAU